AUGGCCAAUGAAUGCAGUGGUUUUCACAAAGUUGGAUUCGUAAAAAAGGAUUUGUAUAACCAAGUUGGUAAGCAACGUAAACAACUUUAUUUUGAUGUAAGUGAUGCGGUGAAGUAUCUUAAAGAUCUGAGCUUGAAAGACCCACUUAUGUUUGUGACACACACCCUUGAUAAGGAUAAAAGGCUUGAGAGAUUGUUUUGGAGCGAUGGGGAAAGUCAAAUGAACUAUGAGAUAUUUGGAGAUGUCAUUGCCUUUGAUGUAACGUAUCGAAAAAACAAGUAUAAUUGUCCGUUUGUUAUUUUUUCAAGUGUUAACCACCAUAAUCAUAUGAUUGUUUUUGGUGCUGGUAUCGUAACACGGGAGACCAAAGAGACGUACGUGUGGUUGUUGGAACAGUUCUUAAGUGCAAUGAAAGGGAAGCAUCUGUUAUCUGUAAUCACUGAUGGAGACCUUGCAAUGAGAAAUGCUAUCAAGAAAAAUGCAUCGUCCAAUAUUGAAAUUCCAGUAGUAAUGUCUUAUCUGAAAAAAUGCAUGUUGGGUGACCUUGAGAUCAGUGCGUUUGAAGAGUUAUGGGUUGAGAUGGUUGAAAAGUUUGGUUUACAAGACAACAGUUGGAUCAAUGAGAUGUGUCUUACCUAUUUUCGGUUUAGGAAAAUUGAAUCUGAUUUCCAUUCCAACUAUGGUCAACUAGUUUUGCAAACCGGUCUACAGUCUAUAGAGAGAUCAGCAGCAAAGCUAUUUACGAAGGAGAUAUUUUUCAUGUUUAGGUCAGUUCUAAAGAAGGCACUUCUUAUAAGAAUAACUGAAUGUCAAGAAAUGGCUACAAGUGGUUCUCUGUACUGGGAUUCACAGUCUGCUGCCAGAUAUUCCGGUAUAGUCAAGAUGUGCAAAGUUGUUGCCGGUUUGGUUUAUGAAGAUCUUGACGAGUAUCAGCAUUUUGUUGAAAGUUUGGGUGCAGAACUCCGGAGAUUGAAAAUAAAGAACAAAGUUGACACAACAUAA